AUGUCUCUUGAUACGGAUGUUCUUAUUAUUGGUGCCGGGAUGUCCGGUAUCGGAUUCGCUAUUCGGCUCAAAGAGGACUUUUCCCAGGCGAACUAUGAGAUAUUUGAGAAAUCAAACGGUUUGGGAGGGACAUGGUGGGCUAAUUCCUAUCCCGGCUGUGGAUUUGAUGUCCCGUCUCAUGUAUACUCAUACUCAUUCGAUCUCAACCCGGAGUGGAGCAUGAAACAUGCUCUGCAACCCGAAAUCCUAGCUUAUUUCAAUUCACUUGUUGACAAACACAAUAUUGCACCAUAUAUCAGAUACAACUCGGUUGUUCAGAGUGCUAGGCAUCGACGAUGCAAGAUAUUGAUAUCUGCAGUCGGUGUUUUGUCAAUUCCAAAGGAAUGCGAUAUCAAAGGAUACGAUAAGUUUCGUGGGAAGUUAUUUCACUCCGCACCAUGGGAUCACCAAUUCAAUUGGGCCAAUAAAGAUGUCAUCGUUAUUGGCAAUGGUUGCAGUGCCACACAGUUCGUACCUAUUAUGACGGGUGGUGACAGCAAGGUUCGGAAACUCACUCAGUUUAUCCGUCAGCCGCAUUGGGUGAUUGAACGCCCAAAUAACGAAUAUAGCCCUCUCUUCAAAUGGACAAUGCGUUAUAUCCCUUUAACAAUGUGGGCGUAUCGAGUAUGGCACUUUAGCCGGCUUGAAUACGCAUUUCGUGAGCUCUAUCUCGAGUAUGGGCGUCCCCUUCGUGAAGAACAAACCAUCACGCAUCUAGAGUAUCUAAGGCGAACAGCACCAGCUAAAUACCAUGAUGUCCUAACGCCGAGAAUCGAAUUCGGUUGUAAACGCAAGGUUAUGGAUACUGGGUAUUUCGAUUGCCUGCAUCGAGAAAAUAUGAAGUUGAUUGCUACAGAUCCCAUUGAAGAAAUAAAGGAAACCGGUGUAAUAACGAAGUCAGGGAGGACCAUCAACGCAGAUGCCAUCGUUCUUGCAACCGGAUUCCAGACGCAGCAGGUCCUUGACCUUCUAGAAAUCAGAGGCAAAAAAGGUGUCUCGCUGACGGAACAUUGGCAAGGUUUUGCGGACAACACUCCCCAGGCCUACUAUGGCACAUGUGUAUCUGGGUUCCCCAACUUUUUUAUUAUGAUGGGCCCAAACACUGCAACAGGUCACCUGUCGGUGAUAUAUACUUCUGAAUGCCAAAUAAACUUCGCGAUCCGCGAUCCGGCCUCCUUGAAUCCAUUUGGAGGGAAAUCAUGCGAUACGGCUGCAGUCACUCCGAGGGCAGAGCAGGAGGAUAAUUCGUGGGUUCAAUCUGCCCUUAAAGAGUUCGUAUGGGAAUCUGGCUGCAGCAAUUGGUACGUAGAUGCAGCCACUGGGAAAAACACGAUGCUUUAUCCAGAUUGGCAGUUGAAGUACUGGUUGCGCAGCAUAUUUAUACCAUUCAAGUCCGAUUUCGAGUUCAGCUCCAGCGAGGUUCGGGUCAUGGGUAAAAACAACGGACAAAAGGGUAAGCCAUAUCAGACAUCCAUGUUGGUUGUAUCAGUCUUGGGUCUAGCGGUCAUUGCUACAUUUGCAGCAGGGAUAAAAUAUGAUACGAAAGUCAGGGAUCUAGGAUUCAAGGGAAGCCACUAA